AUGGUUUUAAAGGUAGAAAGCACCAAGAGCUCAAGUGCAACCCUCCCCACCAAUGUGCCUUCCUACAGGUCCCUGUCCUCCCAUGAGGAUUGCCCUAGCAGUCACACCAGCUUCUCAGAUGGCGAGCUUGCCCGGAACGUGAGGGAAGGUGUCAAACAUCGAAUCUUCUACCUCUCAGAGCAACUGAGAGUGGAGAAGGCCAGUAGGGAUGAGAAUACCAUGAGCUACCUCAAGCUGAUAUCCAAAGCUGACCGACACCAGGCCCCACAUAUCCGACAGGCCUUUGAGAGGGUGAACCAGCGCACCUCUGCCACUAUUGCUCACAUAGAACGAAAGCUCUAUCAGUGUCACGUGCAGCUGAAGGAGUUGGAAGAGGGCUGCAGCCCUACAAGCUCAGUGCUGAAAGUGGGCAGUGGUAUGGACAGUCAUAAGCCAGGUGGGGAAGAUAGCCUGCCCAUUAACAUAGCUAGGCCCUACACUCUGGAAGGUCACUUGUCAGUCUUGCAACAGAGUAAAUUCCCAGACAAAAAGUAUGUGGCCCAGCAACAAAAGCUGCUAUUGCAGAAGAUGAAGGAAGAACUGGCAGAAGCCAAGAAGGUUCAUGUUGGUCUUCAGGUCUCCCAUCAAAGCCUCAAGGAAAGACAUGUGACUGAUGUGCGGGAGAUACUAGAGUCCCUCCAGGAAAAGAAAACCAGACAAUCACUGAUGGAAGAACAGGUGAAUGAUCACUUGCAGAGAUACCUGGAUGAGAUUUGCCACCUCAAACAGCAUUUGGCAUGCACUGAAGAGAAAAUGGCCUAUUUGUCCUAUGAAAGAGCCAAGGAAAUAUGGGAUGUAAUGGAGACUUUCAAGAGCAGAAUAGCCAAGCUAGAAACUCUACAGCAAGCUACCCAAUUGGAGAUGAUGGCCAGCAUCAGAACCCGUCCCAAGGACUUUUUGUUCAGAUUCAUAAGCCUACUUCUUACACUGACCACUAUCCUCUUGGUCUUGGUCUCUACCUUGUGUUCUUGCCCCUUGCCCCUACUCAACUCACGCCUGCACACAUUCACUAUAUUUGUGUUGAUUGGCCUUGGAAUUUUGGUCUGGCAGAAGUGGCAUAUCAUCUCCAUCAUGGACUGGCAGGCCUGGGUUCCCUUUAAGUGGAGACCAGACUUCAAGGAUGCUAAGCCUCUAUUAGAUGAACACUGA